AUGAAUAUGAAUGCGAUUCAUAAAAAUGAUUUAGCAACCUAUAUGAAAAUCGACAAACAAAUUUUGAAUUUAAAAAAAUCAAGUAUAGAGGAUGACUAUUCAUUAAUCGAUAUUGAAGAUAUAUCAAAAUUAUGCUUUAAUGAAAGAUUAAGUAUAGUAAAUGAAAAAGAAGAAGAUUUAGGUGAAUUUAUUGGUAAAAUACGGAAAAGUAAUUCAAAUACUAAUUUUGCAUCUUUAAUGAUAAUUUUAAACUCGACUAGUAUUCACGAACAUAGUAAAGAAAUCGGAUUCAGUGUAAUAACAACCACCACAACAGAUUUCCUUUCCUACAAAGAAAAAUGGUCACAAUGGAACUCUAACGAAUCUAAAAUGACACGUAAAACUGUUUUAAUUUCGAAUAAAAACAAUGAUGGAAGGGUAGAAAUCUAUACGGAUUUAAACAACGGCGAAUUAAUUGAUCAAACCAAAGACAUAAAUUUAAAAUACACUAAAAAUUUGCUAACCGAAGGUAUGAACUAUGCUUUCCUUCGAUAUCUUGCAAUAAAAGGAUUUGAAGGUACCAUUAAGAAAAAAACAGCUAUCACCAUCAACGGAACAUUGUGUAAAACGAUAUACAUAUGUUCAUUAAAUGACAAUUACAAAAUUAAUAAAACUUCAAUAUCAGUCUUAAUUAUAAAGAGGAUCAUACAAUUGGGAAAAUCUUUAAAAACUCCAAUUAUACGAACCAUUACUGUUUUAACCCGUUUGGGUUAUAUAUUAAAUCAUUCAUGGGGUAAAACGGUUAAACAGAAAUUGGUAAUUAAUAAGUCAAUGCGAAUCACCAAAGAUGGUUUUGUUUAUAACGACACUACGACACUUCUAAAGAAUAAUAUUGAUCAAGAUAUUCGUUUCAAAUCRAUGUAUGUAAAUAAAAUUUCUGAAAUGAAAAUAAARUAUAAAACUUACAUAAAAAAUAACAAGGAUGUGRACGACAUGAUUAUUGAUUAUAUAAAAGCUGUAUUAAUAUCAAAGCCAGAUAAUGUGUUACAGUUUUCAAUUGAUUACUUUAAUGAUUUCUAA